UAGACAAGAGGGCGGCGGAGUGAACCCUAGAAGCGGAAGACAUUGGAAAUACAACUUCUAUUAUCUUCUAAAAGUCAGGUUAUGAGGAAAUUAAUCCAGGCUUCUAGACUUGAUGGGUAUGUGCUAGGGAAUUUCCCCUGUAGGUUCUUUUCAUGGUGCGCGCCGCUUGAUCACGUGAUCCCGUUCCAAGAUGGCGGCAGGGGUGUCCGGGUGGGGGGUUGAGGCAGAGGAGUUCGAGGAUGCGCCUGAUGUGGAGCCGCUGGAGCCCACGCUUAGCAACAUCAUCGAACAGCGCAGCCUUAAGUGGAUCUUUGUCGGGGGCAAGGGUGGCGUUGGCAAGACCACCUGCAGCUGCAGCUUAGCAGUCCAGCUAUCCAAGGGGAGGGAGAGUGUUCUGAUCAUCUCCACCGACCCAGCCCACAACAUCUCCGAUGCAUUUGACCAGAAGUUCUCCAAGGUGCCUACCAAGGUCAAAGGCUAUGACAACCUCUUCGCCAUGGAGAUUGACCCCAGCCUUGGGGUGGCCGAACUGCCGGAUGAGUUCUUCGAGGAGGACAACAUGCUGAGCAUGGGCAAGAAGAUGAUGCAGGAGGCCAUGAGCGCCUUCCCCGGCAUUGAUGAGGCCAUGAGCUACGCAGAGGUCAUGAGGCUGGUAAAGGGCAUGAACUUCUCGGUGGUGGUGUUCGACACGGCGCCCACAGGCCACACGCUGAGGCUGCUCAACUUCCCCACCAUCGUGGAGCGGGGCCUAGGCCGCCUCAUGCAGAUCAAGAACCAGAUCAGUCCCUUCAUCUCACAGAUGUGCAACAUGCUGGGCCUGGGGGACAUGAACGCGGACCAGCUGGCCUCCAAGCUGGAGGAGACGCUGCCCGUCAUCCGCUCCGUCAGCGAGCAGUUCAAGGACCCUGAACAGACAACCUUCAUCUGCGUGUGCAUUGCUGAGUUCCUGUCCCUGUACGAGACGGAGCGGCUGAUUCAGGAGCUGGCCAAGUGCAAGAUCGACACCCACAACAUCAUCGUCAACCAGCUCGUCUUCCCUGACCCCGAGAAGCCCUGCAAGAUGUGUGAGGCCCGCCAUAAGAUCCAGGCCAAGUACCUGGACCAGAUGGAGGACCUAUAUGAAGACUUCCACAUUGUGAAGCUGCCGCUGCUGCCCCACGAGGUGCGGGGGGCCGACAAGGUCAACACCUUCUCUGCCCUCCUCUUGGAGCCCUACAAGCCCCCCAGCGCCCAGUAGCACUGCUGCCAGCCCCAGUCGCUGCCAUUUCACACCCACCCUCCAUACACACACACACACACACCCCACAGGGCAGAGUUUGCACAAAGUCCCCCAUAGUACAGGGGGAGUCACUUGGGGGGUGGGAGGCGGGGAGGAGGUGUGUUCCCCCUGGUGGGGCUGGGGGAGCCGUAGCUGCCCCCCCACCUCUCCCUGCCUCUCGCCCCUCAAUAAAACGGUCUUAAACCAC